AGGCGCCCUGCAGUGUCACUGUGCCAGGGGGCUCAAAGAGCUCCCAGGCGAGGGUGUCAGCCUGUCCCCAGGGACCCACUCUGAGGUGUUUAGGGAAAGUUCUAUGCAAGCAGAGCCCAGAAGAGGACCUGCGUGCCAAAGUGCCAGGAUCUGCGGACUGGGGACGGGGCCUGGUGUUCACCCUGUGUCCACCCAAGGGGCAAGGCCUCAGGUGUGCUGUGGCUGAGUGGCUUCAGAGGGUCCUGGCACUUGGCUAGCUGGGGCUGUGAGGCGAGGCCCUGCCCCGGCGGGUGUCCUGGGCCAGCUCCGCCCUGAGCACUGGGGACGGCGGGGCGGGAUGGGCGGCAGUCGCGAGGGGCCCCCGCCUGGCCCCACGGUCCCCGCCGCCGGUCCACCUUAAGGGGCGCACUGACAUCAGCACGCCGUCGCCGCCACCGCCCGUGGGGUGGGAUUUCCUCCGCUGCCGCUGCUGCCGCCCGGUCCUGCCUGUCCAGUCGGCCCCGCCCGCCCGGCCCCGGGGAGGGAUGCGGCGGCGCGGCGCCCAGGAUGCCCCGCAGCCCCGGGACGCGCCUCAAACCCGCCAAGUACAUCCCGGUGGCCACGGCGGCUGCGCUACUGGUUGGCUCCAGCACCCUGUUCUUCGUGUUCACGUGCCCGUGGCUGACACGAGCUGUGUCCCCAGCUGUUCCUGUCUACAAUGGCAUCCUCUUCCUCUUCGUCCUGGCCAACUUCAGCAUGGCCACCUUCAUGGACCCCGGCGUCUUCCCCCGAGCGGACGAGGACGAGGAUAAGGAGGACGACUUCCGGGCCCCGCUGUACAAGAACGUGGAUGUGCGGGGCAUCCAGGUCCGUAUGAAGUGGUGCGCCACCUGCCACUUCUACCGCCCGCCGCGCUGCUCCCACUGCAGCGUCUGCGACAACUGUGUAGAGGACUUCGACCACCAUUGCCCCUGGGUCAACAACUGCAUCGGCCGCCGCAACUACCGCUACUUCUUCCUGUUUCUGCUGUCACUCAGCGCACACAUGGUGGGCGUGGUCGCCUUCGGCCUGGUCUACGUGCUGCACCACGCGGAGGGUCUCGGUGCCGCACACACCACCAUCACCAUGGCCGUCAUGUGUGUGGCUGGUCUCUUCUUCAUCCCUGUCAUUGGCCUCACUGGCUUCCACGUGGUGCUGGUCACUCGGGGUCGAACCACAAAUGAGCAGGUGACCGGGAAGUUCCGUGGGGGAGUGAACCCCUUCACCCGUGGCUGCUACGGGAACGUGGAGCACGUGCUGUGCAGCCCCCUGGCACCCCGGUAUGUGGUAGAGCCGCCCCGCCUGCCGCUCGCCGCCCGCCUGAAGCCGCCUUUCCUUCGGCCGGAGCUCCUGGAGCGAGCGGCCCCUCUCAAGGUCAAGCUGAGCGACAACGGGCUAAAGGCCGGCCUGGGCCGCAGCAAGUCCAAGGGCAGCCUGGACCGGCUGGAUGAGAAGCCGCUGGACCUGGGGCCACCGCUGCCCCCCAAGGCAGAGGCCGGCACGUUUGCCAGCGACCUGCAGACCCCACGCCCGGGCAGUGCUGAGAGCGCCCUGUCGGCGCAGAGGACCAGCCCCCCGACACCCGCCAUGUACAAGUUCCGGCCCGCCUUUCCCACGGGUCCCAAGGCGCCCUUCUGUGGGCCGGGCGAGCAGGUCACAGGCCCUGACUCCCUGACUCUGGGGGAGGACAGCAUCCACAGCCUGGACUUUGCAUCUGAGCCCAGCCUGGACCUUCCUGACUACCCGCCCAGUGGCUUGCAUGCGGCCUACCCACCGUCCCCACCACUCAGCGCCACUGACACCUUCUCGGGUGCCUUGCGCUCCCUGAGCCUCAAGGCUGCAAGCCGGCGGGGUGGGGAUCACAUGGCCCUGCAGCCCCUGCGCUCCGAGGGUGGGCCCCCCACGCCCCACCGCAGCAUCUUCCCCUCCCAUGCGCUGCCCAACCGCAACGGCAGCCUGUCCUAUGACAGCCUGCUGAACCCUGGCUCGCCUGGGGGCCACACGUGCCCGGCCCACCCCUCGGCGGGUGUGGCUGGCUACCGUGCUCCCUACCUGCAUGCAGGGGCGGUGGGUGACCCCCCGCGGCCCCCACCCCGCAGCUUCAGCCCUGUGCUGGGUCCCCGGCCGCGGGAGCCCUCGCCCGUGCGCUACGACAACCUGUCCAGGACCAUCAUGGCCUCCAUCCAGGAGCGCAAGGACAGGGAGGAGCGCGAGAGGCUGCUGCGCUCUCAGGCCGACUCACUCUUUGGAGACUCGGGCGUCUACGAUGCGCCCAGCUCCUACAGCCUGCAGCAGGCCAGCGUGCUGUCCGAGGGCCCCCGCGGCCCGGCGCUGCGCUACGGCUCCAGGGAUGACCUGGUGGCCGGUCCCGGCUUCGGAGGUGCCCGCAACCCGGCGCUACAGGCCUCACUGUCCUCGCUGUCCAGUGCCGUGAGCCGGGCGCCACGGACCUCCUCCUCCUCCCUGCAGGCCGACCUGACUAACAGCAGUGCCCCAGGGACCCGGCCCCCCAGUGGCUCGCACAGGUCGCCCGCACGCCAGGUCCCUCCGUCCCCUCCCGGCACUCCUCGCUCGCCCUCCUACGGGGGCCCCAAAGCCGUCGCCUUCAUCCACACGGACCUCCCGGAACCGCCGCCCUCACUGGCCAUGCAGAGGGACCACCCUCAGCUGAAGACCCCCCCAAGUAAGCUUAAUGGGCAGUCCCCGGGCCUGGCCCGCUUGGGCCCUGCCACCGGCCCCCCGGGGCCCUCCGCCAGCCCCGCCCGGCACACGCUCGUUAAGAAAGUAUCCGGCGUGGGUGGGACCACGUACGAGAUCUCGGUGUGAGGACUGACUGCCACUCGUCGCCGUGGCACCAUGGGAGCCAGGAAGCCCCAGCGGCUGCCCCCCUCCCAACUUCUCUGCCCCGGGAGAGGAGGCCCAGGCUUGGUGUGGACGCAUCGGCGGGAGAGAGAACCACGCCUCCACGAGCCUAUCCCUCGUCCUCGGCCCGGCCACCCACCCAUCUGCUCACCAGGGCACAGCCCAGACAAGGGCCAUGAGGCUGCAGGAUCUAUGUGCUGGCCCCACGGGCGGGGCCAGCAUGGGGGCUGGACUGCACCUGUGCCCCUGAGAUUGUCACCAGGCCAGUGCCCACCCAUUUCCCUUACAGAUGGGUCCUCCCAGACCGAGGACCCUGCCGCCCGGCUGCUCCUAACCCUCUGGAAGCUUGUGGCUUGGCAAGGCCUUCUCUUCUGCGGGGAGUCCAGGCCCAGCUCUGGGUUUUGAGGGACCGUGGGCAAACGGGCAGCCAGCUGUGGGUGGGGUCCUGGCUCCAUGUGUCUCGUCUGGCCCAGCUGGUGGGCGUGUCCCCGUGUCUGUGCGCUGAGCUGCCCUGCUGCGUCCCAUGUGUUAACGCUCAGGCUCCGCUGCUCCCACUGCCGGGAAACUCGCUUUAAUUGAAGCCUUAACCUCUGCUUUAUGCUCUUGUGGGAGGCGCUGGGGGCCGGGGGAGCAGCCACAGGGGGCCCAGAAGACCCCCACCCAAGGCACGCAGCGUCCAGGCCCCGCUGGAGCCUCCGCGCCCAUGUGGGAAGCACAUUCGGGAGGGUCGGCGUUUUGUCUGGCGCCAGGGACCCGCGAGUAAGCACACGGCAGCGUCCGCUUGCGUUGUGUCUGUUUUAUGUUUUUAUAUCUACAUCUAUAUAUCUAUAAUUUUAUUAAAAAAAGAAAAAGA